AUGGCAAACUCAGGGGCCGGAUCGCAUGGUGAUGCUGCCCAAGAAACAGGAGGUGAGUACCAAGUGUUCUUGAAUUUCAGAGGGUCCGACACUCGUCAUGGAUUCACUGACUUCCUUUACCGCGACUUGAUAUAUGCCGGAGUCCGUGUAUUUAGAGACGAAGAUGAACUCCAUGAAGGUGAAGGGAUUGGUGACAACCUUCUUCACGCCAUCAACCACUCCAUACUUUACAUAUCCAUCUUCUCUCAUAAUUAUGCUUCUAGUAAGUGGUGCAUUCAUGAGCUUGCGCUCAUGACAGACAUUGUGUCUAAGUCACAGGGUCAAAAAAGUAUCUAUCCCAUUUUUUUCGACGUGGAACCUAAAGAUGUUAAACUUAAGACUCCACUAUAUAGUGAUGCUUUACUAGAACAUGAGAAGAAGUUUCCCGUCGAAGUCAAUGACUGGAGAAAGGCUCUUGAAAAGGUUGAUGAAAUCAAGGGAUGGAAUGUGAAGAAAGACCAAAGGUAA